GAGAGAUGCCUGUCCAGCUGUCUACACAAUGCGCCUAGAUAGGCCUAGAUUGCAUGAACUCUGGAUCGGCGUUGAUCCGCCUGUGGCGAUGCACUUCGGAAGCAUUGGUGCGCAAGGAAACUAUCAAAGAAGUCUUCGUCAAAUAUGGGACCUCGUGCGCGACGCCGACGAUCUGUCACACCACCGAUACUCAUACGUGCACAAAAGGCAGCGAAGCGGCUCGGAGUUCUCUCCCAUCCGCCCCCCCCCCCCCACACUCCUUACUUCCCUCCUCCCCUAGUUCCCCAGCUGACCGCGAUGGCCCACUUCCUCUCGUUCCUCAAGUCCGCAGUUGCUUGCGGACUGCUCAGCAUCGCGGCUGUGCGCGCCGCCCCGCUCGAGUCGCGCGCGGUGAUCGCCCACGACGCCGUCGUCGGCUUCCCGCAGACCGUGCCCAGCGGCACGACUGGCCAGGUCUACCUCGCGUACCAGCCGCACCUGUUUGUGAACAACGGAUGUGUGCCGUUCCCCGCUGUCGAUGCGCAGGGAAACACCAGCGGCGGUCUCAAGCCGAGUGGUGGCUCGUCGAGCAACUGCUCAAAGAGCACGGGCCAGAUCUACGUGCGCGGCGGAUUAAACUCAGCCGGCGUAUACGGCCUGCUCUACUCGUGGUACUUCCCGAAGGACGAGCCCUCGACCGGCAUCGGCCACCGGCACGACUGGGAGGGCACGAUCGUCUACCUGCGCGAUGCCACAAGCACGAGCCCCGACAACAUCAUCGCCGUCUGCCCCUCCGCACACGGCGGCUGGGACUGCAGCACAAACGGCUUCUCGCUCAGCGGCAGCAGCCCGCUCAUCGAGUACUCCAGCACGUGGCCGCUCGACCACUCGAUGAUGCUCACCUCCACCGUCGGCGGUACCCAGCCCCUGAUUGCAUGGGAGGAUCUCCCUGCCGCGGCACAGGCGGCGUUGACGAAUACCGAUUUCGGCGCAGCGAAUGUGCAGGUCAAGGACCCGUCCUUCCUCAACAACUUGAACGCGGCGACGUAUUAAAGGGGUUUAGGGUUAUACCAAUUAUCUAUAUUGUUUGGAUCUCAACGGAAGACUGGAAUGUGAUACCUGAAGAAAAAAGACUGUCCAAGUGGAGAAAAUGCGAGACAAGAGAGCGCGAUGACGUUAAUUUGGUGAUUGGGACAAACCUUGAUCAUAGAUAGCU